GGACGGAGAAAGCUUCUUCAUUUUGGCAGGCACCAGCCACCGCUGCUGAGUUGUCUGACCUUGAGAGUUCAAUAAUUUCCCACACCGUUUCUGCAAUAGCUUUGGAUUGCUGACCGCACGCCGCGAUGGUACUCGGGACGACGUUCGUGCUGGUCUUUGUGCCAGCAUCGGCCGCCGUUGGCAUUUUGUUUGCCCUUACGCAGUGGUACCUUGUGUCUUAUGUCACCGUAGGUAAAAGCCGUGUCUCCAACAAUGGCUACAUGCAAGUGGACGAGGACGGCAUUGACGACGCCAGCGUCAAUGCGAAGUGCGCUGAAAUCCAGGCCGCCAUCUCUGAGGGUUCCGAGGCGUUCUUGACGACAAUGUACACGUACUUGGCAAUCUUCAUGGGGUUGUUCUCCGUGAUCAUCUUCGUGUUCCUUGCCUCCGUGGGCGGGUUCAGCUUCGAUAGGCAGCCAUGCGACUACGACCAGACGAAGUCGUGCCCUUCGUCCAUUGCGAGUGCUUUCUUCAGCACUGUGGCGUUCAUUCUGGGAGCACUGACAUCGACGCUGUCCGGGUACUUGGGGAUGAAGAUCGCGACGUACGCGAACGCUCGGACGACCCUGGAGGCCCGCAAGGGUGUGGGGAAGGCGUUCGCGAUCGCGUUCCGGUCGGGAGCCGUGAUGGGAUUCCUGCUGGCUGCGAACGGUCUGCUUGUGCUGUUUUUGACGAUUUUGGUGUUCAAGUUGUACUUCGGCGACGACUGGGUUGGUCUGUACGAGGCCAUCACCGGGUACGGUCUGGGAGGAUCUUCGGUGGCCCUGUUCGGGCGCGUGGGAGGAGGAAUCUACACGAAGGCGGCGGACGUGGGCGCGGACUUGGUGGGGAAGGUGGAGCAGAACAUCCCCGAGGACGACCCCAGGAACCCGGCGGUGAUUGCGGACAACGUGGGAGACAAUGUGGGAGACAUCGCGGGAAUGGGCGCGGACCUGUUCGGGUCAUUCGCUGAGUCGACGUGCGCGGCGUUGGUGGUGUCAUCGAUCUCGUCGUUCGGGAACGACAAGAACUUCGUGGCGAUGUGCUUCCCUCUGCUGAUCAGCUCGGCGGGUAUUUUGGUGUGUUUGUUGACGACGUUGGUGGCGACGGACAUAAUGAGCGUGAAGGGAGUGAAGGAGAUCGAGCCGACGCUGAAGAGGCAGUUGGUGAUCUCGACGGUGCUGAUGACGGUGGCGAUAUUUUUGAUAUCGUGGUUCGGGCUGCCGGAGACGUUCACGAUCAACGUGGUGGGGCACGAGGCGAAGGUGGUGAAGAACUGGCACAUAUUUUUCUGCGUGGGAUCGGGUCUGUGGGCUGGGCUGAUCAUCGGGUUCGUGACGGAGUACUUCACCAGCAACGCGUACACGCCUGUGCAAGACGUGGCGGACUCGUGCAGGACGGGAGCGGCGACGAACAUCAUCUUCGGGCUGGCGCUGGGAUACAAGUCGGUGAUAGUGCCGGUGUUUGCGAUCGCGGUGGCGAUCUAUUUGAGUUUCAGUUUGGCGGCGAUGUACGGGAUCGCGGUGGCUGCGUUGGGAAUGCUGAGCACACUGGCGACGGGUCUGGCGAUCGACGCGUACGGUCCGAUCAGUGACAAUGCGGGAGGUAUCGCGGAGAUGGCGGGAAUGAGCCACGAGGUUCGGGAGAGGACGGACGCUCUGACGGCGGCCGACACGACGGCAGCGAUCGGGAAGGGAUUCGCGAUCGGGUCGGCAGCGCUGGUGUCGUUGGCGCUGUUCGGGGCGUACGUGAGCAGGGCGGGAAUCGCGAGCGUGGACGUGAUCCAGCCGAAGGAGUUCGUGGGGCUGAUCGUGGGAGCAAUGCUGCCGUACUGGUUUUCGGCGAUGACGAUGAAGAGCGUGGGGAAGGCGGCGCUGGCGAUGGUGGAGGAGGUGCGGAGGCAGUUCAGGACGAUCCCGGGGCUGAUGGAAGGGACGACGAAGCCGGACUACAAGAGGUGCGUGAAGAUAUCGACGGACGCGUCGCUGAAGGAGAUGAUUCCGCCGGGCGCGCUGGUGAUGCUGACGCCGCUGAUCGUGGGGACGCUGUUCGGCGUGGAGACGCUGGCGGGGCUUUUGGCGGGUGCAUUGGUGUCGGGAGUGCAGAUCGCGAUAUCGGCAUCGAACACGGGAGGAGCGUGGGACAACGCGAAGAAGUACAUCGAGGCGGGGGCUUCGGAGCACGCGAAGAGUCUGGGGCCGAAGGGGUCAGACGCCCACAAGGCAGCAGUGAUCGGGGACACGGUGGGAGACCCGCUGAAGGACACAUCGGGACCGUCGUUGAACAUAUUGAUCAAGCUGAUGGCUGUGGAGUCGCUGGUGUUCGCACCAUUUUUCGCUGCGAACGGUGGAUGGCUGUUCCGAGGUUGAGCAUUGGUGCUGUUGCGUGUUUUCACUUGCACAUAGGCGUACAAUGUUCAGGAGUUAAGAUUUUGUAGCCUUCUUUCAGGGACUCCUGUGUAAUACAUUAUAUUCUCAUACCAGUAUAAGCUUUUCAGUAUUGUAAAGAUCAGAUGAUUUGUUUGGUCAGCACGUGGUGGAGUACAAUGGCUAUAUUCUGUUUGCAGGGCAUCUGCUCUCCAUUUCUCUGUUUGUGCCGGGAUAUUUGUAAUUUGAUCCAUUGCCUGAGCGGCGUUCUUUAUUUCGUA